CCAUUGGCGGAUGCCACCACCGAUCUCUCGAUGUGUAUUAUAGAACAUCCCCUCGAUGCUGCCCAUGCUCAUUCGACACUGAAAAUGGGUGAAGAUACCUCGGCAACAGUGGCGUCAACUUCGCCCAACGGCACCACCAUGACCACCAGCAUCAGCCCCGCGACGCUUUGCGGCAACAAGCGUAAAUUUGAAGACAUUUCCUCCUCCACAACUACUACCGUCAGCGUUGGGAGCAGCGAUUCGCCGGACGGUGAAAUACUGUUGGACGUCGUGUACGAUCAUCAUCAGCCACGGCAACUGUCUCAGCAAGAGACGCCAGCUCAAGAAGAAGCCGCGACAGCGGAAGAAGCGAACGAUGGUAUUAAGGCGUGCAAAAGUCCUCGUUAUGAGUGUGAGGAUGCACAGGAUGCAUCACAGGACAACCAAGGCUCAAAGUUGCCCGCCGGGCAGGUUCAGUUGGGCAAGAGCAAUAUUCUGGGCAACAGCAGCAGCAGCAGCAGCGCCAGCAGUAGUGGCAAUGAAAGCAAUAGGAUAAUAAAUGCCCCAAUAACGGCGACCGGCAGUCCUACUGCUAACAGUAUUAGCUCCAAUAGUGUUGUCAGCAGUACUGGUGGUACGAUGCCUUUUGAAGUAGUCGGUGCACCGACGAUCCUCAACCCGACGGCACCGAUUUUGCUGACCACACCGAUGUCGGAAGAGAACACCAUCGCGAAGUUGGAGGCAGUGGCCGUGCCGGGCGAGACGGCCUGGAACUGUGAGCCGAUCGUGGAUAGCAUCAGUAAGCUACAGGCGGUCGCAGUGCCCGGUGAGACAUGGGGAGGCGGCGGGACGGACAGUACUAGAUCCACGCUGGCGACCACGUUGCUAGUGGCGGACGAUCUAGACGAUGAUGAUGAUGAUUUCGAGGAUGACUUCGACGACGACGAAACGAUUCUGCCCGGUUACUCGUCGAUGCGCUAUCAGUGCACACCGAAUCGUGGACCGACUACCGGUGCUGGAGGUCCCGGGUACAUUACACCGGCGUACCCCAAGCCGGGCUACUUUCCGGAGUCGUACCAAAACUGUGCGCGUUCGGCUGCGACCAACAAUGGAGCUCAGCAGUACGCCAAUCGAGGGUACGGAUGGUCCCAGCACGGUUACUACUCGCCGCCCUACGAGGCACCGAGCUCGCAGCAGACCAUUCGGUGCGCAGAGAACGGCAAAAGCUACUUCGAGUUGGGCUCCGCCAGCUACAGCAGUGCCAGUGCCUCUGCGGGAUCGCUAAAUCCGCUAAGCGCGGGAGCACCACCAUUGCCACUACCGCAGCAGCAGCAGCAGCAGCAGCAACAACAGCAGCAGUUGCAAUCGCAGCAACCGCAGCCACAUCCGGUACCAUUCGGAGGUGGUUCGAUCGUAAUGGGCCCGGCACCAAGACAUCACAUGAAGCGGUGUUGCGAUGGACGCAACAUGUCGUGCACCAACAAACAGUGCUACAAGGAACGGCGUCUGAAAAUGAUGAAUCUGUCAAUGUUUAAGCUUGCCCGCUUCCGGCAGGCAUCCGACCAGUCGCUGUACCGCUCGGUGUUGAUCUGUAAUACUCUAAAAUCGAUCGAACGUGAGAUCGACAACGAAAACAAGGAAUUAAAUCAUCAACAGCACCAGCAACAUAUGCAGCAGCAUCAGCAACAACACCACCAACAGAACCAUCAUUACCACAUGCAACAACACCAACACCAGCAGCAGCAGCAGCAGCAACAACAACAACUGCAUCAUCAACUGCCGCCACUGACACCACCUUCUACGGCGGCCGCAGCAGUAACUGCGCCCGCCACGAAUCAACCGGCAUCCUCGGCGUCAGGCACGUCAUCAGACUACUUUGCGAACCAUCGUAUCGCGGCUCCACCGAGCCAAGCUCGCACCGCGAACGGCGCUUCAGUCCCCCCGGGGCCGGUGGUGUAUAGUUCCGUCACAGAGCCUUCCACCAUCACCAUGCAGCUGUCGCCGUAUGACCAGCAGCAACACCAGCAGCAACAACAACAUCAGAUGCACCCGCACCACCCCCUGCAUCAUCACCACCAUCUGCAGCACCAUCAUCACCAUCCGCACCCGCAGUCCCAGCAGCAUCAUCAUCUGCAUCACCACCAUCCGCUCCAUCCGGUGGCGCCGCCACAUCACUCGGCCCCCCAUUUGCUGAAGGAUCCUCAGUCGGGACGUGCCACUCCGUUCCCGGUGGGCUGUGCGAUGCCAGCCGCACUGAACAGUGCCUCCAGCACCUGCUCCAGCACAACCACGAGCAACGCAACGAGCAAUGGCGGCGUCACGGCGGCUAACACGACCAGCACCACUGGUGCGGCGGCAGCAGACGACUACCAGCAACAGCAUCAUCCACAUCCGUUACAUCAGCACGAGUCGCAAACGCAGCUACAGCAACAGCACGCGGCCCCAAUACAGGAGCCACAGCCAAUGCACCACCACCACCUUCACCAUCAUCAAGCGCAUCUGCAGCAUCAGCACUCCGAUGCCGAUUCCGGCUUUGGCGACGAUGACUGCACGCGCCCCAUCAACUGGGGCUCGGUGCUGAGCCUAUCCUCGCAGUCGGCCCUCGAUCCACUGAACGGUAGCGAUCUGUUCGUUACUUCGCCAACGGGCAGCGGCGAGGAAGAUGUAACUCCCAUCGCCGGCCCGGUGGCGGUCCUGGAAAACUGUGAUAACUCCGCCUCGAACACGUCCAACGCAACGUCACCCAUCGCGAUGGAAGUGGACGCAGCUUGCCCGGUGACGUCCCCUCAUGGGGAAAGUACCUCUAGUGUCGCUGAAGGGACGCAAUCGGGGACGGACACGACGCUAUGCAGCCUACGUGAUGUUGCUGAAGACAUGGAGGUGAUAGGUAGCGGUCCUACGACUAACACCAGCAACAGUGUGUCCGUGAACAAUGGAAGCAGCACUAGUAGCAUCAGUAAUGGCAACAGUACAACGACAUCCAUCGCCCUAGCGUCUGGCAGGAGCAGUGAAGGAGAAACAGUCGUGGUUUCCGUGGGGGACACUGACAACGGCAGCGGUAGCAAUAGAAGCAGCAAUAGUAGUAGUAGUAGUACUAGUAGCAGCAACAGCAGCAGCAGUAGUGGUGGUGGUAGUGACGCCAUCAUUGCAGAUCCCAGUGUACCAGCAGCACCGUCAGCGACGACGGUUGCCAACGGCAGUGACAGCCCUGAUCAGACGAUCUCUCCCAGCACUACCACCACGCUGACGACUCUUACAAACAGCAGCAGCAGCAGCAGUAACAGCACCAACGGUGGCAACAUCAACAGCAGCAGCAGCGGCAGCAGUAGCAGCAACACCCAUGACGAUAACAGUAGCAAUAGCAGCAACCACUCCGUCACCAGCACGUUAAUCACGCUUACCAGCAGCAGUUCGGCGACGUCACCGUUGCUUUCGUCCUGCGCCUCAGCCCUACAGCACUAUGGUAGCCUGCAGCACCACCAUCAGCUGCAUCACUUUCGGCAGAACGGAACCAUUCAACUGGGGCCAUCCUCCGCCGUGAAUGGCAGCCUUUCCGCUGGCGGCGGUGGUGGUGGACAAGUUUCUGGCGCCACGGCUAGUGCCGGUUCAAGCUGCUGGGAGUUUGCAUAUCUUGACAUGGAUCUCGGAACUACGCACGAACUGUACGAUAUGUUCCCGAGUUGCUACAAGAUCGCAUCGUUCAACUCGAACGACGUCGAUAUGCUAGGGCUAAAGGGACCAAUGCUGGAACCUAGCAAGGUCGUGUGCGGCGACAACGAGAUGGACUCCUUCACGACGCACAUCAUGGUCGGGAGUUAGUAUUAAGCCGGCACAUGCGGAGCUGGACGGUGCGUUUGAAGGUUGUGCAUCUAAGAUGGCUGUGCGUGUUGUUCUCUGGUAGCUUAGCCCUGUUGCUGGGUUACGAAAGCUGGCGGAAACUGAACGUCGUUCAAUUGAUGGUUCCUUAUUAGAACUGGGGCUAAGCAGCGUAUCAAAAGUAAUUUUCAGCCGUUGUUUUGCGCACCACCCACCCCAUAAUCAUUGUCAGGGCAUUAUAACAUAGAUUUGCAUUAAAUUAAUUUAACUGGAGAACACUAACGGGCAACUAUGAAAGCAGUAUUGGUGUAAUGAUUGUGCCAUAGAGCAGUCACUCACAAAGUAGGCCGGUGGAGCAACUUUUACCGAAACCGCAGCAGGAUUGGAUGCGUUUGUCCAACAUAUUUUGUCAGUAUCUCGAGCCCAGCCCCCCUGCUACUAACUCUUAUCGCCAGCAUUUUUGGUUUCGGGCUUUGUAUUUCUUGUGAUUUUAUGUUUUGUGCUAUCGUACAAUGGAAAACAAAAACGUAAAUCCUCAAAACUAGGCUAGUAUUAGUAAAGAUGAAGAUCAAUUGUGGAACGGACGAUUUGAAAGACAGACAGACCUAGGAAGAAGAGCUCGAUCUUAAUCCUGCAAUACUAUGUUUGCCCAACACCGGGAACUUGCAACGGUAUCGGCGCGUUGGGGUAUGGAAGGCCUCGAAUGAAACAGAGACAGAGAAGAAGAAAGAGAGAGGGAGAGAGAAGAAGAAUCUUUUUCUGCAUUGCGAUCAAACCGAUUCUAGUCCGCGGCAAUGACCUUUCUACCAUUUGAAGCGUACAAAAUGAAGUACUUUCUCGCGUAAGUCUAGGAGGAUUGCAUUGCGUUUAGUUUUUGACCGAAAAGCGUUGUUGAUCGACACUGGGAAUUGUUUAAAAAAUAAUAAUUAGUGAAUAGUGGCGCAUGGUUUCCUUUUUCGUUGGUGACCGAACGCGACGGCUGAAGAAGAAGUGGUUAUCAAAGUAAUUUUUUAUUCAUUCACACACCGCCACACACGAGAAGUUCGUUUUACUAGCGUCAGUUAGGGCAAACAAAUGGUGCAAAACACUGAAAAAAGUACGAAGGCAGAAACCACCUGCCGCCAUAAGCUGAAAAUGGUGUAAAAUUGUAUCGUAAAACGAAAGCGAGUUGUUUCGCAUUAUAAAAACAAAACAAACGAGAUUAUGGUGGAAUUUCUUGGAUGAUGAGACAAACAAAAGAGACAAACUUGGAUAAAAGAGUGGCUAACAGCAAACCAUCCGCAAACGAUUUAGCGAAACAACCUACUGAUAACGGAUAAUUGAUUUAGAGUGCAAGAGCAAAGCGCAGCUGCCGGUUGAUACUUUUAAAGGAUUUAGGGUAGGGAGAAGAGGUGAAGAAAACUACAAAAUGCGUUUUAACAAAAACACACAGCUACAGUAACUCUGGCAAUUAGCGUGUAAUAAAUAGUAUGUGUAGAAUACGUUACGAUUGUAAGCAAAUGAGAGGACAUAAGAGUAAUUUAUUGAUAUAUACCAUAUAUACACGCAUACUAUAUUAUAAUGUACAUAUAGGCUGUAGCAAAAGCGCUGGAAACACAUUUCUGGUUGGUAAACUUAGAAGAGAGAUCGAAGGAACCAGCAUAUUCCGCUUCUAGCAUUAUCGGUACUCCGCGACACGUAAGAGCCGUAAUGAAACAAGCAAGAAAAGCUACUACGAUGAAGCAAAAGGAAUAUAAAGAGAGAACCGAAGGG